ACUCGCUUAAGUUAAAUAGUAAUAAUAAAAUAUUAAUGUGGUACCUGAAAAAUAAGUGAAUAGCAUAAACAUAAUUAUUGGAAAUUGAUGAGACUUUCUCCUUACUCAAGAGAGAUAGAGAGAGAGGACCAGUUUCUUCCCGUGUUAUAUAUUAUAUUGAGACAGACGCAGUCGAUAACAUGCCAGCAUAUUAAGCUUGGAGUAGUGUUAACUAAUUUGGUGCAGGGAGACUAGAAAGAUGGGAGUUGCUGAAUUGAAGACUAACAUAUCUGUGAAGAGCAGGUCUUUUCGUCCAACAUGUACGCACCAAUCCCAAUCCCAAUGGCCGAUUUCUGAUGUUUCUAGUGAUGUUACAAUACAAGUUGGAGCGGCCAGUUUUGCUCUUCGUAAGUUUCCUCUGGUUUCUACAAGUGGAAGAUUUAGAAAGCUGCUGCUGGAUGCAAAAGAUUCAAACAUGUCAAGACUCAAUCUUUCUGCUCUUCCUGGUGGAUCUGAAGCAUUUGAACUCGCUGCAAAAUUCUGUUAUGGGGUGAACAUUGAGAUUACCAUAACAAAUGUUGCAAUGCUAAGAUGUGCAGCCAGUUUCCUGGAAAUGACAGAAGAAAUCACCGAUAAGAACCUGGAAAUACGAACCGAGGUGUUCUUAAAGGACACAGUAUUCCCAAGCAUAUCCAACUCCGUGUCUGUUCUUCACAGCUGUGAAAAACUACUACCAGUAUCAGAAGAAGUCAACCUUGUUAGUAGGUUAAUCAAUGCUAUUGCAAAUAAUGCUUGUAAAGAGCAACUUACAUCUGGUUUAUUGAAGCUGGAACAUAAUUUCCCAUCCAAACCAAUUCAUAUAGAGACAGGGUGGGGAAAAUCACUAAUUUUUCUGAAUCUGGAAUCGUUUCAGAGAGUUUUAUCUGCAUUUAAGACCAAAGGUCUUAAACAAGACAUUAUAAGUAGAAUUCUGAUUAACUAUGCACAAAAUUCUCUUCAGGGGCUCAUUGUUAAGGAUCCUCAUUUAGUCAAAGCAAGUUUCUUGGAUUUGGAUUUACAAAAGAAACAAAGGGUCACUGUCGAAACUUUAGUUGGCUUGCUACCAACAGCGUCGAGGAAAAGUACAGUUCCAAUGGCCUUUCUUUCAAGUUUGUUGAAAUCUGCAAUAGUAGCAUCAGCAUCUACUUCUUGUAGAUCUGAUCUAGAGAGGCGCAUUGGUCUGCAACUACAUCAGGCGAUUCUUGAGGAUCUUCUUCUACCUGGAAAUGGGAAUGGAAACAGCUAUAGCUCUCUGUAUGACACUGAUUCAAUCUUAAGGAUCUUUUCCUUUUUCUUAAAUUUGGAUGAGGAUGAUGCAGAAGACAACCAACUAAGAGAUGAAAACGAAAUGGUUUACGACUUUGACAGCCCUCGAUCUCCCAAACAAAGCUCAAUUUUUAAGGUUUCAAAAUUAUUGGACAAUUAUCUGGCAGAAAUUGCACUAGAUUCAAAUCUAACACCAUCAAAAUUUACAGCACUGGCAGAGCUACUUCCAGACCACGCCCGUCUAGUUGAUGAUGGACUGUAUCGAGCUGUAGAUAAUUUCCUCAAGGUUCAUCCGAACAUUAAGGAGUCUGAACGGUAUAGAGUGUGCAAAACUAUUGAUUGGGAGAAAUUAUCAGAAGAAGGGUGCAGUCAUGCUGCACAAAAUGAGCGGUUGCCAGUGCAAAUGGCAGUUCAAGUGCUGUAUUUCGAACAAAUGAGACUGAGAAAUGCAAUGAAUGGGGGCCAAAAUCAGUUAUUCUUUCAGUUUCCUCAUCGUUCAGGGAGUGGGGCUGGAAGCGGAUGCAUCUCUCCUAGAGACAAUUAUGCAUCAGUGAGGAGAGAAAAUAGAGAGCUGAAGCUUGAGGUAGCAAGAAUGAGAAUGAGGCUUACGGAUUUAGAAAAAGAUCACGUGUCUAUGAAAGAGGGGCUAGUAAAGUCGUCAUCACAUCCUGCUAAUAAGUUAUUCAAGUCGUUCACCAAGAAAUUGAGCAAGCUCAACGCAAUGUUCCACAUAAAACAUCAUACAAAGCGUCCGCCAUUAGCGGGAAAAGCAACUUCAGAAAGUCGGUUUCCUAAUUUUCACAGGAAAAGGAAUCCUUCUGUUUCUUGAUGCUCUACGUGAGAAUAAUAGCUCUUUUCUUUAAUCUCUCUUUUUAGUUGCCAUGUUUAUAUUUUUUCACAUUUAAGACUAAUACUACUUCAGUAGUUGUGUGGAAUUAUCUGUACUGAGAAAUUUCAUUUAUAUAUAGAACAUCGA